ACCUGUAGUACCUCAACAACAGAACAACAAGUCUUUGUCAAGGGUUAAGUUGUUCUUUUUUGAUAUCCACAAAAUAGGACCACACAUGACAGUUAUAAGUAAGAGAUUGAAUAUCUCCUUUCUUCUCUGCAUUUAUUAUAAAAACAUGGAGAAAACAGAAUCAUGUGAAAUUCUGUUUAUGUAUGUCCCAGGGUGGUUUGAAGCCCAUCAAUCUAUUUAUACAUCUAGAGAUAGAACUAACUAUUCAAUACGAAGCUUGAAUCUGAGCAUCUAGAUUUUUCUUAGAAGCUUCAAAUUUAGAUUUUCCAGACACAAGAAAUGGCUUUGUUCAGAGGUCUCUUGGGUGCAAAGAAGAGUAUCGGUUUUUCUGUAGAGGCUACCAGCAAAAGGACAACUUCAGCACCAAAGGGGUUUCUUGCGGUGUACGUUGGCGAAGACGAGGUCCAAAAGAAAAGAUAUUUGGUGCCAGUCUCAUAUUUAAACCAGCCUUCAUUUCAAGCUCUUCUCCGUAAUUCCGAGGAAGAGUUUGGGUUAGAUCAUCCAAUGGGUGGCUUAACUAUCCCUUGUCCUGAAGAUACCUUCAUCAAUCUGAAUUCUCAGCUCUAAUGAAGAUGUUCCAGAAGAAGGAAAAACUAACACUAGUGAGAGAUAGAAUAUUCAAUGUAAAUACUUAUAUUAGCUCUUUUCCUCUUUCUUUGUGAAAAGAGUUGUUCAAUAGGUUACAAUAGUCAAAAUGUGAAUGUCAUGUUUUGUGUAAGAAACAAUGGCGUCAAUAAUAAUACUUCAUCUUGCUGUCGUGUAUAUAAUGUGUAAAUAUCCUUAUCACCGAGAGGAUCUUGACGUUAAGGCUAACAUCACAGUGAUUUCCUCACGAUGUUUACACUUAAGUACUUAAGUUGGUUCAAAGACAAGCAAGGCAUGGAAGAUCUCAUUACUGUUAUACUGUUGUAAGAAACUCAAGGGAUAUCUAUUUUGAUGA